AUGGCAAAUAAACGCAUUCAAUCUUCACCUUACUCUACGCGCAUGCAACGAAUUUAUCGUUCUGUGGGCUUCACGAAGGGCUACAACUUCAUUAUAUGGUUCCUCUUUGGGGGAGCCUUCCUGGGCUUUACUCUUUCUCGCUUUAUAUACCUUGACUUUGAUGGCCGAUUAUGCCCAAGCGAGCCACCAACCAACAGGAUAUACGGCUCGAGAGGGGCAGUUCCUGGAGAGUGCUACUACUAUAGGCGCGGCAUUGGCAAAGCAGGUAUCAUCAUGCAUCUAGCUGGUAUUCUUCCGGCUGCUGUGUUGGUGGUAUUCCAGUUCAUGCCUGUAAUUCGACACAGGGCUUUGGUUGUCCAUCGAAUCAAUGGCUACAUCGUUCUACUCCUCUCAGCAGUUGGAAUGAUUGGUGUCUUCAUGAUCGCUAGGCACACUUUCGGUGGGACACUGGAGAUGCAGACCGUGAGUGGUGCUGCGAGCAUCAUGUUCACCGUUUGCAUGGUCUUGGCUUACAUCAACAUCAAGAGGCUGCAGCUUGAGCAACACCGCGCGUGGAUGUUGCGAGGAUGGAUAAUAGUCGGGCACAUCAUCACCAUGAGAGCCAUCUCAGCUAUAAUGGCCAAGAUUACCAGCCACUUGGAUCCUUACUACACAAUUGCUCCAUGCGCAGUUGUCGAUUCAAUGUUCUACCAUAACAAAGCCGCUGUUGAAGCACUGUACCCUGACUGCAUCAGUUUCUACACCGGCGAAACCCCCGACCAGCGCGUCAUGAUCAAGGGAACUGCAGGCGGACGCCCUGAUCAGAUCGCAGCCAGCCUCAACAGUGCGUUCGGUGCGAGCGCCUGGCUUGCUCUCCUGCUUCACGUCAUCGCUGCCGAAGUGUAUCUUCGUCUUACGCCUGCUGAAGCUCAGAGGCUGCGCAAAGUGUCGUACAGGAGGCAGCUUGAGGCUGGGAUGGGAAGUCCGGGUAAUGCUGGAUUGACAGCACAGAGAUUUGGAGAUGCAGAGCCGUGGAUAUGUCCUGAUGAUGGGCAGCCGCUUUGUGGUGAGAUGGCUAGUUCAAGGCAGCCAAGUGGUAGUCAUGAUCUUUCGAGAGACAAAUAA